AGACCAUGUUUCUCCUCACUCCGGUGCUAGUAGCGGUUGUCUGCAUCUUGAUUGUGUGCAUCUUUAAAAACGCCGAUAGGAGUCCGGAGAGUAAGAAGGAGGAGGUUCAAGCUCGCCCCUGGGCGGAUGAAGACUUGAAAGACAGCACAGACCUCCUUCAAGCAGAAGAAGAUGCUGACGAAUGGCAGGAGUCAGAGGAGAGUGUGGACCACAUCCCGUUCUCUCAUACCCGGUACCCAGAGCAGGAAAUGAAGACGAGAUCCCAGGAGUUCUACGAACUCCUCAAUAAGAGACGCUCUGUCAGGUUCCUCAGCAGCGAGCAAGUCCCAAUGGAGGUCAUUGAGAACGUCAUCAGGGCAGCAGGAACCGCGCCAAGUGGGGCCCACACUGAGCCCUGGACCUUUGUGGUGGUGAAGGACCCAGUCGUGAAGCAUCAGAUCCGAGAGAUCAUCGAGGAGGAGGAAGAGAUGAACUACAUGAGGAGGAUGGGAGACCGGUGGGUCACAGACCUGAAGAAACUGAGAACCAAUUGGAUUAAGGAGUACCUGGACACCGCCCCGGUUCUGAUUCUCAUUUUCAAACAAGUGCACGGUUAUGCUGCAAAUGGAAAGAAAAAGGUCCACUACUACAAUGAGAUCAGCGUGUCCAUUGCCUGUGGCAUCCUGCUGGCUGCACUGCAGAACGCAGGGCUAGUGACAGUCACGACCACGCCCCUAAACUGUGGUCCUCGUCUGAGGCUGCUCCUGGGCCGUCCCUCACAUGAGAAGCUGCUGGUGUUGCUUCCUGUGGGGUACCCCAGCAGAGAGGCCACAGUGCCUGACCUCAAGCGGAAAGCUCUGGACCAGAUCAUGGUGACAAUAUAAUCAGUCACCCCGUGCUGGGAUGACACUUGCUUCCCCCCUCUGGGUCUGCUGGCUUCUCUUGCUCUCUGAGUCAGGUCUCCUCUGCCCACUGGUGAGCAAGAAAGGUACUUCUCAUGUCAUAAAAUCUUUUCACACUCUCUAGAACUUUCUGUCCAGUAAGUACUGUUUUUGAUGAACUGUUUUAGUGAACACAGGGUAAGAAGUCAAGAAGCAUGCACACCUUAACUCCUCUACAAAAUUAGAGGCGAUUAUUUCCAUUUACUUAGAAAAUUCAUACAGAGAAAUCCCAUUUGAAAGUUUGCUGUAGUUCUAAGGGUUACCUAUACAAUGAUUUAUAAUUUAAAUAUUUACUAAUAACGUGGUCUUUUGGCCUUUUGCUUUCUGGUGGCUUUGAGACUAUGAAUGUGCUAUUGAGACCUAUUCUGCUAUUGUGCUCCAUGGAAAUUCAAUCUUGAAUGAAUAACCAUUAAAGUCACUAAUACUCUGUGCCAUGACCUUGCUGGCAGUUAUCUGUACAUUAUAACUGCACGGGGUGUGUUAGAGCUGGUUUAUACUAGCACGUGGAACCUGGGAAUUAAAUAUUCUGGAAUUUUGGAACAAGUUAUUCAAUUGGUUGAGGCUUAAAAUUGCCCUUGGUGAAGGUGUUUGCACAAAAGAAGUUGGCAGCCAGCACAGAGCAGCUCCAGCUUUUCAGAGGAACUGCUCACCACACACAGCCUUUCCUUCCUUCUGCUCUCAUGAAACACACCUACCUGUUCUUCAGGAAACAGCAAUAUUCUUUGGGACUUCCCUGGGGACAAGUGUCCAACUGUUUCUGCCAGAGCUAGUCCAUCACCCCUCCCCACCCACUGGCACUCCCAGUGUCCUGGUGUCCAUGUCUUUAUUUUUGUUGUUUGGGCAUUUGUCCAUCCAGCUAGUCUAUUCGCGUCUUGGUGUCACUACCGUGGCAUCUUCCUCCUCCUCUCCAUUUUCCUUUUCCUUUUGUCCUUUUCUUCCCACUAUUCCUCCUUUUCUUCUUUGUACCUCAGCUGGGCUGUUAAUGAGAGAAAGCUGGUGCCCCCUCAUGUGGGGAAGAUGGUCUUUCUUUGCUCUGAAACAGAAUUAGACUUACAGGAACCAACACCUUUAGCCUUGAGGUCCUUUGAAGUAUCGAGAUGCUCGCAACAUCUACACAUCUUCGGUUUUCUCUACAUGCACUUUCCCUCCCCUCCCUGUGACCAGUGUGUGUCCCUAGGGUUUUGCUGAAAUGAAGUUUCUUUUAAUGCUAUUGUGGUUUUUGUAGAUUCUCAUGGGCGGGAAUGGGAACCAAUUUAUGUACAUCUUAUUAUUGUAUUGGACAAAGUUUCUCUGAGUUUCAAAUAUCAGAAUAAUAAAU